UGGUCCUUUAAGUUUCUCAGCACAAUGAAGAUUUCCUUGGAGACCUCUGUCUGGCUGCUGACAACCUUGCUAGCUACAGGAAUCUGCCUGCAAUGUGAACGUUGUGAAAGCGCCACCCGGUCGUGCUCUGGGCCUCUGCAGACCUGCAAAGAGCCUCAGAGUGCCUGCCUCACCCUCACAGUAGAGACCAGAGUGGGCAAAAUGAGGAAAGUGGCCACUUACAAAGGAUGCACCAGGCUUGAGUACUGCCCUCCGGGGCCCUUCACCAUCACCACUGCACCAGAGGAACGGAUUCGGAGCAACUCGGAGUGCUGCUGCCAGGAUCGGUGCAACAAGGGAGCUUUGAGGUUGCCUAUGCUAAGUGAACCCAACCAAAGAUGGUGCCCGCCACGCAACUUGAGAGGUUCUACCUGCACGAUCGGUGACAAGGUUUUCUGCCAUGGUCGGGAAGUCUACUGCAUCUACCUCUCUGGUUACGCUGCAGCUGGUAACAAGAAUGAGACCUUUGUCAGACGAGGCUGCGGGACACAACGUAUCUGCACUGAUAAGCUGGGUAUUUUUGGAAUACCGGGGUUGUUCCUUGAAACACUGACGAAGGCAGAUUGCAACCAGGCUAAUGAAAUUGACUACUCGGACUUCAGAGAGAUUUCAUGGAACUGAAAGACACACACUUUUUUUUGUCUCUUUAGCCAUACUAAAUUAUUACAUCAAAUGGGUCAUAGCCAGGCAAUGUGUGG